UAGUAUAGUCCUUAUCAUAGUGGUUCGGAAAAAUCAGGAGAAGUCUCUGAGUUGCGGCACGCUGUUUGUUGCUUGACGUGUAGCGGAGCGACGACACCAAGCAAUCUUACUUCGCAUUGUUGCUCGAGUGGAUUGGAGGUAUUCCGUCAACACACUUGCGCUCCAGCAGGAGGCAGCUAGCGCCCUGUGGUUCUGAAGGAUUAGUUCGCUGCAGCUGCAUACCUGAGACUGAGCGCAGUUAGGAAGUAAUUGUGUCGGUGUGUCCCGGAUCAUUAUGGUGAUCUCGCACGGCAAAUGCAGCCACGAGCUGUUUCCGCUAUUGAAACUGUUAGCCGACAGUCACGAUCGCAUUCCCGGACAGGAUCACCCUGAAGUCAUGCACGAUAAAGUGGAAAGCCUCCUUCGUCUCGAGCUGGGCAAGUACGAUGAUACUGGCAUACAUGCUCCGCAGGUCGAGGAAGAGAUGGAUGUCACAACCCAAGCUAUACUGGGUGAGAUGUCAACAGCGCUGGAUAACUGCAGAAUAUUGCUCGAUCUUCGCAAGCAAUGUGAGAGAUUUAAGCAACAGCAGAUCUGUCGCAUCGAGAAAGAAUUCCUGGAGCUGUCCAAUUCUAUCUUCAGUGAUUUGAGUCCGCUGCCAGCGCCGCUAUGUCAGCCGCAAGGAGGUCGUUGUAUGCGCGAAACCGCAGCGGAGGAGACCAGAUCUGUAGUGGCGGGGAAGAGAUCAGCUGAUUUAUUGGAGAACCGGCCCAGUCAAUUACAGCUCCAUGCUAAAGUUGAUAACGUGAGCAGUUCCAGUGGACCGCCCGCUAAGAGAAGGAUCUGUGCAAGCCAUAGUCUGGAUGGCAGGCAACGGGCUGAAGUUACCAAUGAUGAAAGUGCUGAUGACACCAGUGUAUCCAGAUGCAAAGAGGGAAGUCCCCCGGAUGGAGAGCUGGCACUGAUCUCGUCAAGUUCCGACAAUGACCACAGUGGCAUGAAACCAAAGUUCCGACAUCCACCAGCAGUCACCGGCUACUUGAAAGAGUGGUACCGCAAAAACGCGGAGAACCCAUACCCUACAGGUCAGGAAAAGGAUACUCUUAUUUCCCAACUACAGGAGAAGUUUGGUUUUACGAUGACCAAACAGCAGCUUGAGAACUGGUUUAUUAAUCAGCGUCGGAGAGUUCCGGAUGGUCCCAAUCGGUCAAGGCUAGGAUCAGUUGGCCAGUCAGCGGCUGAAUCCAGCACAGCGUGCACAGCAGUAUCAUCAACCUCAACCAUGCAGACCGGUAAUUCACAGAGCCAGCUGAGCAGCCACACACCAACUUCCAUCCAGUCGCCAGAGACGGUCACUAACACAGCGCUCAGUUCUGUUCAGCAACAGAUGAUGUUGCCACACCAGCAGAAUUUGGACAGCCAGGUGACAAGCACACUGGCAUCAGGGUCCAUCUUGCAGUCACCGGCAACCAACACUGGUGCUCCCAUCAUCUUGACCACCGAGAAACCUGGAGUUGCAAAGAGUAGCAUAGCCAUUGCUGCUCCACAGCAAGUCCUAUUAUUGACCCCUGCUCCUCAACCUGCUAGCACACAGCCCGCAGUCCUAUCAGCACUGUCACCACCGUCCCUUCUUCCACCAGUGUCAGGUAUCACGGUAGUAUCACCAGCAGCUAUACCGGUGGCACCUUCUCCUCUGCACAUGGUGUUCCCAUCAGCUGGGACAUAUGCCUGCACGCAAAACCCUAUGCCAGAAGUCAACCGUGUGUCCCACCCUCAGCCAAUCCACCAACAAGGCUACCAGGGUGCUACAACCCUUGUGUACCCAGUGACUGACAAUAGCCCUCAUGCCAAGCUCAACAGCCAACACAAGUCAACGCGAUAACUAGUUUAUCACAGCCAGCUCGGAGCACAAGCCACACAACACUGUCAGCUACAACGCAACCCGGCAGUCAACCAGUCAACCUUAUCAACUGCAACUACCCGUGGGUGAACAAAACCGCAGCAGCAGGUACGGACCACCCAAGACCUCCUCGACUAGCCGCAAGCGUUCCCGAUUGGGUGAUGCAGACCAUGUAAGCAAAGCUUACAACUUCCGACAGUGUGACACUGCAUUUCUAGAAGCUAUAGUUCAGCAACCUGUCUCUGCUAUCCAGCAUUGCGGCAAUUGCACCCGUCUCUUCUAGCCAGCACUGGCACAAUUGCACCUGUCUCUACUAGCCAACACUGUCGCAAUUGCAACUAGUUCCACUGCACUGUACAAGUGGCCUGCAAGGACACUCACUCUUCAAGAAUUCCUGGUAUCAUCGUGAGUCAGAAAUGCCUGUCUGAUUCCUACUCCCUGUGACAAUAUUCGUCUAAAAGUCCCGUUCAUGCAUAUGCUCCUGGGGCUUUAUAGUUAUUCUUAGUUGUAGGACUGGUUCUUAUGUAGAACACAGCUCAUCAUCAUCACGGUAUUUUCCUAGGUGUGUAAUUGUCUGUGAUGUGUCACCAAUGCGGCACAACGCUACAGUAACUAGUUACUCUGUAUUGCUAUCCUGUGUUAGAUUCACGAAGCCUGCGGUAUCUAUCCUACUUAGCCGGAUUUGUGAUGCGUGCGCUUUUUUCGAGACAGGUAUCACUGCAAUGGUUUUAGUUCCCAACCUGUGGUGUUUCCCGCUCUCUUUCCUCUCGUUCUUGCUCUCUUGCCAUCCCGCCUCGGUCAGCCAAUCAAGGAUUUUCAUAGUUUGCUCUUGCGCGUGCACACGACUCAUGUGUAGGGAAUUUUAAACUUACCAUGGUCAAUGCAAUACAACUUUUGAGUGCCAUUAAACUUAGCCUCUACACAAUAAUCCCUACAUUCAUCACAUUGAAUUAUCACCAAGAAUACAAAAUGCAUGCCUUACAAAUACAAUGCUGGUGAAUCUCUAUGCAUUGCCCAAUACAAUGGCAUGGACCAGUAGAUACUUCCUUUGCCACAAUCGGCUCUAACCCGCUGCACCCCUGACUAAACGGCACAGGCUAUAAAUUAAUAUUCAACUUGUCACUGCUCUAGUACUGGUAGACUCUACUCGGCUUUGUAUUGCCAUAUUCAACUUGUCACUUGUCCGACUACUACACAUGCAGCUUUACUUUGACUGA